AUGUACCGCCCCGCCUCCCAAACCUACCUUUCAGAGACGAUGAAUGCUGCUUCUUGGAAUCCUCUCAAUUCUCAGGCGCCUUUAGCACAAGGUUUUCAAAGUCCUAAACUGGGAAGUAUGUCUUUCGACCAAGAUUCUGGAUGGCCUCUGCCACACACAGAUCCCAGUCCGGGCCUACUGCCGAACCCGCGUUGGUCUGCUCAAACGCAAAUGUGGUACUAUCUCGACACGACCAACACGGUGCAAGGACCCUUCCCGGCUACUUCAAUGCAAAUGUGGUUUGAUCAGAAGUAUCUGUUUCCAGAAUUGUUGAUCCGGGCUGAAGAAGAUGCCACGUUUCGACCGCUACACGUUUAUAUGGCGGACUCGAGCGAUCCCUUGCGCUUCUUCCUUAUACCGCCAAAGAACUUUAUGAUGUCUGCGUCUGUCACACCGACGCCGCCGCGCAUUCCAUCAGUGAUAGGAUCGCCUCAUGUAUCCGCUGCGCCCUCUCCUCAGCUGGGGACCAUGCCUCUAUCACAGAGAGAGGCGGGUGUGCGUGCUGCGCCUGAUUCGAUGGCAUCGAACUCAAAGACAAGCCCUCUGGCCGCAUCAAACUUGUCCGCGGACGACAUUCUUACGUCUCUACGUGUCAUGUCGCAGCUUCAAACCCUAUUACCGAAUUCCACCGAAGCACAGACGCUGCAGAUGUUGCGAACAGUGCUUUCCUCAUCUGUGCCACAUGCGAAUGAAGCAGGAAUGCAGGACAUCUUGCAUGCCAUGCAGCAGCAGGCUCAUGAUGACGCGAUGCGUGCCACGCAGGCGCAGGCUUAUGCGGAUGCCGGCACUUCUGUAUCGACACCAGAGGCUGCGCCUGUCAAAUCCACUCCUUUGGAUAACAAAAAUACCCUAUGGUCCUAUAAUAAAGAUCUGUAUUCCGAUGAGGACGACCCCUUCUCCCCCGAGCCACCUCGUACUGACGAUCUGGUGUCCAAGCAUGAUGACGAACAGCUCGAACCUAGUCUCCAGCCAAAGCCAGCCCCUGUUGAAUCCAAACCAAGUCCUCACGAGGAGCUGCCUACGAAAACGUCCGAGGCACCUCCGGAACCUGCCAAGAAAGCGGCGCCAAGUACGCUGCCCAAGAGCUCGACGACAGGCCGCCCUGCGCCCUGGGCCGCUACCACCAACAAGCCAUCCAACACGUCAAAACCCAACAUGCGCGAAAUUCUUGAGGCCGAACAGCGCGAGCACAAGGCUCGUGAAGCCAGAGAACGUGCGAACAACUCAGCAAUGCUGGCCCAGGCCAUGGCUUCGAUGCAUGUAUCAGGGCAGGACGCGUCAGCCCAGCCAUCGCGCCCGUCACGUCAGAGCAGCGGCAGUGCAUGGAGCGUGCCUAAGCCGGUGCCGACCAAGUCGCUUUCGGAAAUUCAGCAGGAGGAGAGCGCGCGCACAGCCAGUGAAAAGGCUGCCCAGGCCGCGCGCCCAUCGGCCUACAGCAACUCUGUGAUGCGUGGAAGCCUGGGUGAAGCCCCGUCAUCCUUGGCGUCUGAUGCCUCGGAUGAUGGAUGGGUCAAGAUCGGCGCCAAUGGCAAAGGACAACAUCCGCUGCCGUCCAAACCGGUAUUAACUAAGAGUAGCGUGCCGCCUAAGCCCACGUCUGCCGUACCGCUUCGCACGGCUGCUCUGCCUACUCGCCCACCAGCGCUUGCAUCUCCCAUGCUGUCUUCUGGGCAAAGUGGUCCGUCCGUCGCGUCCGAGGCAGAUGAAGAGGGAUGGGUGACGAUGAAGCCCAAGCAUCAAGUGCGUCGCGAUGCACUAUCGCAAAUGAACGAUGCCAUUCCCCGCCCUAGCGCCGCAUCGGUAGGUGUGACGAGUCGUCCUACAGUCGUGCCGUCGACUCCUCAACCGCCGUCGCCCGAGUUUCUGAGGCACUGCCGCGAGCAGCUCAAGGGUCUGCGUGCAAACAUCGAUGACUUUAUCGAGAUGCUGCUCUCAUUCCCGCUGAACCCCUCGGCGGACGUGUCUGACAUUAUUGCCGAAGCAGUGUAUGCCAACAGCAGCACCCUCGACGGCCGUCGUUUCGCCGCGGACUUUAUUUCGCGUCGCAAAGCUGAUGCAUACCGUGCUGUAACUAUUUAG